AUGGCCUCCGAAGUGCAGGUGGAGUUUACCAAGCCCCUGGCCGACGGGUGCAUCAAUGACGAUGGCUCAGCCAUCCUCACCGCGGUCAUUUCUCCAGCUGACUGGCCAGCGACCUGGUUCUUUGGACAAAGCGCAAUUUCUGAUGCAGGAGAAGACGUAGAAAUAAUUUCAAACGCAGAAAGUGGCGAGCGAACUCUCAAGCUGAAAAAUGCCAAGAACUUUGUUGGACUUUCUUUCAAUAUCCUCCUCCAGGCUGAUAGAACUGCCGGUGUUUCCACCUCCGCUUCAUUGACUUUUCCACCUGCGGAGGCUUCAUUUUCGAGUCCUCUGGAAAACGCUGUUGUUGGGGAAGAUGGCAGCGCCCAAUUCUCCGCUACUGUUUCUCCUUGUGAUGCGCAGACUCAAUGGCUUUUUGGUGGCUCUGAGUUGGCAGCCAGGGAAAAUGUCGUCUUUGAGAGCAACAACGAAACUGGAGAAAGAAAACUUCUUCUGAAAAAUGGUGCAAACUUCGUCAGCCUUGCCUUCAAAGUCAGCAUCGUCGCUGACUCCGUCCGUUCGUCCGCGAUCGUUACGUUUCCAGAGAUUUCCUUCACGAAGAUUCUCGAGGACCAAACAAUCACACCCGAGGGCGAAGCUUUUCUGGAGGCUGUUAUUUCUCCCCCUACUCGUGCGACCACGUGGUUCUUUGGAAAAUCGCCAUUUGAAGCUAGUGACGAUGUUGAAAUCAAGGAAGACAAAACGACUGGAGAAAGGAGCCUGAAAUUGUUGAAGGGAAGAAACUUCGUCAAUCUCUCUUUUCAAAUCCAGCUCCGAGACUCCAAGACUGGCGUUUACACUGGCUGCUGUCUGACUGUACCUCCACUGGAUUAUCCACCUUACGGAUUGUCUGAUUCCGUCCGCCAGCUGCCAGAAUGGAUCCAACUUGGCUGCGGAAACAACGAAUAUUAUUGCGAAGAGAAAAACGCUACGUUUUUGGGUGCUAACGUUCCAGCGGAGCUACCUGACUUAGAGGCUCACAAUUCAUUCUUCUCCGAAGCGAUUAAAGCUAAUCCCGCGCUUUAUGCGUCACUAAAAGACAAGAAGACCUCAUCAGGGGUCACCUUGGGUCAUUGCAUCAAGACUGGCAUCGAUAACCCCGGCCAUCCACAUAUUAAAACCGUCGGAAUGGUUGCUGGAGACGAAGAAUCGUACACUCUCUUCAAAGAUCUCUUUGAUCCAGUCAUUUCAGCUAGACACAACGGCUAUGCAGCUGAUGCCACUCAUCCAACGAAUUUGAACGUCGAGAAGCUUUCAAAAACGCCCAUUGAUCCGACUGGCCAGUACGUCUUGACGACUCGCUGCCGCACUGGGCGCUCCGUUCGAGGCUUCCGACUGCCUCCUUGUCUUGGCUUUGAAGAGCGAAGAAAACUGGAAAGCGCCAUCGUCAAAAGUCUGAAAACUCUGAAAGGAAGCUUAGAAGGCGACUAUUUCCCGCUUCACGGAUCGAGAAGCUAUUCCGAAAAGCCAAGUGGAAUGAGUCUUGAGAAAGAAGAAGAGCUUCGAUCGAAUGGAAACCUCUUCCAAGAACCAGACAGCACUCUCCUUCUUUCUUCUGGCUGCGGACGACACUGGCCAGACGCUCGUGGCAUUUAUCACAACAACAAUCGCAACCUCUUCGUCUGGGUAAACGAGGAAGAUCACAUGAGAAUCGUGUCGAUGGAAAAAGGCGACAACGUUCGAAAAAUCAUCCAGACCUUUGCCGAUGCGACCAAGGCCAUUCAAAAUUGUUUGCAAGAGCAAGGCUUCGACUUCAUGCACAGCGAUCAUUUGGGGUGGAUUUUAACGUGUCCUAGCAACUUGGGAACUGGACUUCGAGCUGGUUCCAUGGUCAAGGUCCCUCUCUUCUCCGCCCGGCCCGAUUUCAAGGAUAUUUUGAAACAACUCGGUCUUCAAGCGCGAGGCGGAGGUGGUGUUGAUUCUGAUUCCGUCGGUGGAAUCUGGGAUAUUUCAAACGCGGAUAGACUCGGCAAGUCAGAGAUCUCUCUCGUCAACACUUUCAUCGAGGGUAUCUCCAAAGUGAUCGCCUGGGAGCGCAAGUUGGAGACCGGAGAAAGCAUCGAUGAGAACCUCAAUCGAGACAUUGAGAAAGUGCAAAAGCGGCUUGCAGAUUUGCUGGAAGAAGAAAACGAUCAGUAUCCACCAACUGGACUUUCCAAAUCAGUUCGACAGCUGCCUGAAUGGAUUCAACUAGGCUGCGGGGAUGCGGAAUACAACUGUGCUCAGAAAAACGCGACUUUCCUCGGAGCUCAGAUGCCAGAUACUCUUCCCGAUUUGAGCAAGCACAAUUCAUUUUUCUCCGAAGCAAUGAAUGCUGAUCCUGGACUUUAUGAUCGCUUGAAGUCUAAGAAAACAGCAGCUGGAGUUACUUUAGGUCAUUGUAUCAAAACUGGUAUUGACAACCCUGGACACCCACACAUUAAGACCGUUGGAAUGGUAGCUGGUGAUGAAGAAUCUUAUGAAACCUUCAAGGAGCUCUUUGACCCAGUCAUUUCUGCAAGACACAAUGGCUAUGCCUACGAUGCCAAGCACCCAACAAAUUUGAACGUUGAUCAGCUUUCGCAAACGCCCAUUGAUCCGACGGGAAAAUACGUGCUCACGACCCGAUGUCGAACUGGCCGCUCGGUGCGCGGAUUCCGACUUCCUCCCUGUCUCGAUUUCGAAGAGAGACGAAAGCUUGAAGGCGUUAUUGUCAAAAGUCUGAAGACGUUGAAGGGUAGUCUCGAAGGUGAUUAUUUCCCUCUGCAUGGAUCGAGAAGUUUCACGGAAAAACCGACGGGAAUGUCGCUUGCCAAGGAAGAAGAGCUCCGAUCGAAUGGAAAUCUCUUCCAAGAACCAGACAGUACCCUCCUUCUUUCUUCUGGCUGCGGCCGACACUGGCCCGAUGCUCGUGGCAUUUACCACAACGGUGCUAGAAAUCUCUUUGUCUGGGUUAACGAAGAAGAUCACAUGCGAAUCGUAUCAAUGGAAAAAGGCGACAAUGUCCGGAAAAUCAUCCAGACUUUUGCCGAUGCCACUCAAGCGAUUCAAAAUUGCCUUCAAGAGCAAGGAUUUGACUUUAUGCACAGCGAGCAUUUGGGAUGGAUUUUAACUUGUCCUAGCAACCUUGGAACUGGUCUUCGAGCGGGAGCUAUGGUCAAAGUCCCGCUUUUCUCGGCCCGGCCCGAUUUCAAGGACAUUCUGAAGCAGCUUGGUCUCCAAGCUCGAGGUGGAGGUGGAGUCGAUUCUGACUCUGUUGGUGGUAUCUGGGACAUUUCUAAUGCUGAUAGACUUGGAAAAUCGGAAAUCAUGCUUGUCAAUACCUUUAUCGAGGGCAUUGCGCAAGUUAUUCGUUGGGAACAGAGGCUCGAAGAUGGAGAAAAGAUCGACGAAACGCUCAAAGAAGACAUUGAGAAAGUGCUUCUAGCGCUUGAAGAUCUCUAUGAAGUUGAAAACGACCAGUACCCACCAACAGGUCUUUCAAGAUCUGUUCGAAAACUACCAGAGUGGAUUCAAGCUGGCUGUGGUGACAAUGAGUACUUUUGCGAAGAGAAAAACGCUACGUUCCUUGGAGCAGCUGCUCCAGAAGAAUGUCCCGACUUGUCAAAACACAAUUCAUACUUCUCAGAGGCAUUGAAAGCCCAGCCAGAGCUUUAUGCGAAGCUGAAGGAUAAGAAAACGAAGCUCGGUGUCACUCUUGGCCACUGCAUCAAAACUGGAAUCGAUAACCCUGGACACCCGCAUAUUAAAACUGUCGGAAUGGUCGCUGGUGAUGAAGAAUCUUACUCGACUUUCCGGGAACUCUUUGAUCCGGUCAUUUCCGCACGCCACAACGGCUAUGAAGCAGAUGCUCUUCAUCCAACCAACCUCGACGUUGACUACCUUUCCACCACGACGAUCGAUCCCGACGGCAAAUAUGUCCUGACAUCUCGCUGCCGAACUGGUCGCUCUGUCCGUGGAUUCCGAUUGCCACCAUGUCUGGGUUUUGAUGAGCGACGAAAACUCGAGGCUGCAAUUGUUAAGAGCUUGAAAACUCUGUCUGGCGAUUUGGAAGGUGAUUACUUUCCACUUCAUGGCUCAAGAAGUUAUGAGGAGAAACCGACUGGAAUGACUCUCGAGAAAGAGGAAGAGCUCCGAUCAAACGGAAAUUUAUUCCAAGAACCAGAUAGUACUCUGCUUCUCUCUUCCGGAUGCGGCCGACACUGGCCCGAUGCUCGAGGUAUCUACCACAACAAUAAUAAAAACCUCUUCGUCUGGGUCAACGAAGAAGAUCACAUGCGAAUCGUGUCAAUGGAAAAAGGAGACAACGUCAGAACCAUCAUCGAGCGAUUCGCCCUCGCUACAAAGGCUAUCCAGAGCUGCUUGAAAGAGCAAGGCUUUGAUUUCAUGCACAACAAUCAUCUCGGCUGGAUUUUGACUUGUCCCAGCAAUCUUGGAACGGGCUUGCGAGCUGGCGCCAUGGUCAAAGUGCCACUGUUUUCGGACAGAGACGAUUUCAAAAUCAUCUUGAGAAAGUUGGGUCUCCAGGCUCGAGGCGGCGGAGGUGUUGAUUCAGAUUCCGUCGGCGGUAUUUGGGACAUCUCAAAUGCCGACAGACUUGGAAAAUCAGAAAUUUCUUUGGUCAAUAUUUUUAUUGAAGGCGUUGCGCAAAUCAUUCGAUGGGAGAAACGACUUGAGCAAGAGCAGGAGAUCGAUCUUACUUUGGACAAAGAUAUUCAAAAGGUGCAGAAGAAGCUUGAAAAACUUCGAAAGAUCGAAGAAGGGGAAUGGGACGAGGAAGAAGAUGAUGACGAGGAUUGUUAUCCCCCAACUGGCCUCGCCAAGUCUGUUCGAAAGCUGCCAGAGUGGAUUCAAGCUGGCUGCGGCGAUGCGGAAUACUACUCUGACGAAAAGGGUGCGACAUUUUCAGCCGAAAAAAUGCCCGCCAAGUUGCCAAGUUUGGCCGCCCACAAUUCCUUUUUUUCCGAAGCGAUGAAGGCCAACCCAGGAUUGUACGACUCCCUUAAAUCGAAAACCACUGCUUCCGGAGUCAACCUUGGACAUUGCAUCAAAACCGGAAUCGACAAUCCAGGUCAUCCUCAUAUCAAAACUGUUGGUAUGGUCGCGGGCGAUGAAGAUUCGUACACUGUUUUCAAGGAUCUUUUCGAUCCAGUCAUUUCAGCACGCCACAAUGGCUACGCAGCCGACGCCAAACACAUCACCAACUUGGAUGUCUCACAGCUCUCGCAAACACCAAUUGAUGUUUCUGGCCGCUUCGUUCUGACAACGCGUUGUAGAACUGGCAGAUCUGUGCGCGGUUUCAAGCUCCCACCCUGCAUCAGUUUUGAGGAAAGACGAGAACUCGAAGCAGCAGUAACAAAGUCUCUCCUGGCGCUCGAAGGAGACCUUCAAGGAGAUUACUUUCCACUCCAUGGCUCCCGCAGUUUUGAACAAAAACCCACUGGCAUGAGUGUUGAGAAGGAAGAAGAACUUAGAUCCAAUGGAAACCUAUUCCAGGAACCUGAUAGUACUUUGUUGCUUGCAUCUGGUUGCGGUCGACACUGGCCUGACGCUCGAGGUAUUUACCACAACAACGACAAGAACCUCUUCGUCUGGGUCAAUGAAGAAGAUCACUUGCGAAUCGUUUCAAUGGAAAAGGGCGACAAUGUUCGAAAAAUCAUCGAGCGAUUUGCUGUUGCUACCAAGGCGAUUCAAGAAUGCUUGAAAUCCCAAGGCUACGAUUUUAUGCACAGCGAUCAUCUCGGCUGGAUUCUGACAUGUCCAAGCAAUCUCGGAACUGGUCUCCGUGCUGGAGCGAUGGUCCAGAUUCCAUUCUUCUCCGAUCGAGACGAUUUCAAAGAAAUCCUCGCGAGACUUGGUCUCCAGGCCCGAGGUGGUGCUGGAGUCGACUCUGAUUCUGUCGGAGGCAUUUGGGAUAUCUCGAACGCCGACAGACUUGGAAAGUCCGAAAUCAUGCUCGUCAAUACUUUCAUCGAAGGUGUAUCGCAAGUAAUUCAGUGGGAACAAAGGCUCGAACGAGGAGAUGACAUCACCAAGACCCUCGACGAAGACGUUCUCUUCGUCCAAGAGCGAUUAAGCCAGCUAGCGAGAAAAGAACAACUUUUCUUCACUCCUCCAGCGCCAAUCAAUGAGAGCCUUGUUUACGGAAUGGCGCCACCAGAUGCGCCCUUCAAGUUUUUGAACGAGCUUGAGCAUCAGACUGUCCGGGAAGGGUCCAUCGUUCGCUUCGAAGUUGAUCUCUCUCAUCCCAAGGAAGUCACGUGGCUGAGAGGCCGAGGUAGAUGUCAGGUUGGCAAGCAUUAUGAAAUCAUCGCCGUUGGCCUCAAACGAGUCCUUGUUAUCAUGGGAGCUGAAUGGAACGAUUCAGCAACGUUCACCUGUCAAACGGAAGACGGUGAGCAGAUUUCCGUCAAACUGCGAGUCGUUGUCCCAACAAAAGCAAAGAAAAACCUUGCUCCAGUAAAGAAGAAAAAGCUAGUCGCUACUGCUCAAUUCAACGAAAAAGAAUCGCAUGCUACAAUUGACAAGCUUUUCAAGACAGACAAGCGGCCUCAGCAGCUAAAGCUCAAAUCCGCCCAGAAAUCUGGCUGGAAAGGAACAAAACCUUCUGUCAAAAACUACUUGAUGCACGACUAUUCGGUCGAAAUUGAGAAAAUGUACCGCGAGUGGGACAAGCGAAAGAGCGCCGACAAUGACAGAAAAAUUUUGGCCGCUGAGACUGCCGAGAAAGCGCUUGAAAACGCAGAAGUUCAAGAGCGACUCGCCUCUCGUCUCGCCAGCGAGUUUGAACUCGAUAGACCGAUCAAGGCAGACAGAGGAGAUCCUUUCUGCAUCCAGAAAUCUGACGAACACCGACUGCGAGUUGAGAAUUUUGUGCGAAGGAUAAACAAGGCCUACCGACUGACGGAAGAGGUCGAAGUCGAAGAAGUCUUCCAGAAAAGCGAUUUAGAAAAGUACAUGGAAAAAUUGAAAGCACGAAACCCAAGCUACAGAAUCGAGGCGGAAACAGCUGACUGUACUCGUGAUGCUGUGCUUCGACUGGCCAAGUCCGACCGAUCCAAGUACGAUAAAAAGAAGAAGCUGGAACGCCUUGCGAACAACAUUUCCGAAAUGGUCGGCAUGAAGAAUCAUUAA